CCCUGGUUUUCUUAUUCCCCUCUCUCUCUCUCUCUCUCUCUCUCUCUCUCUCUCUCUCUCUCUAAACUUGUCGAUCGAUGAUCUGCAGAACGCAGAUUUGCAGAUCGAACAAUCAAUGGUGUACUCUCAUCUCCGUCACACUCUUUGCCGUAGCUUUUGUCGCCGCUGUCUCAUACGCCUCCAACCGCCUCUCUCUCCUCUCUCUUCCUUCCUCACUAUCGCCAUGGCGAUGGCCUUCUUCUUCUUCAUCAUCCUUCUCUAUUCACUCCUUCAAUCUCCACCACCUACAACCACCGCUACCACCACCGUUAAACCCCAAAACUGCACUGUACUCGAUGUUCCAUUGUGAUUCUGAUGCGUGUAAGAAGCAAAACGGGAAAAUGAAUAAGGUGGUGAGUAGAUUGAUUAAGGAGUUGAAAGAUGAGACGUUGUUGAGGAGAUCGAAGAAGAAGAAGAGAGAUGAGAAGUUGGAGAAAGUUGAAGCUGAACUCGCUAGAGCUAGAGUUUUGAUCAGAGAUGCGGGGAUGAAUCUCAGCCGUUCAUCUUACCCUCUUCAUGAUCGCGAUUAUGUCCCCCAUGGAAGUAUCUACAGAAAUCCUUACAUGUUUCACAGGAGUUACUUGCUAAUGGAAAAGUUGUUCAAAAUAUAUAUCUAUAAAGAAGGAGAGCGACCGUUAUUCCAUACGGGCCCCACCACAAACAUUUACUCCAUGGAAGGACUCUUUUUAAACUCUAUAGAGAACGACCCGAAUUUUAAGGUAUCUAACCCGGAUAAAGCCCAUGUCUACUUCCUCCCAUUUAGUGUUGUCAUGAUUCUCGAUACCCUUUUUGAUCCUAUCAUUCGUGACAAAGCUGUCCUAGAACGUGUUAUUGGCGACUAUGUGCACAUAGUUUCUUCAAGAUACCCUUAUUGGAAUAGAAGCCUUGGAUCUGAUCAUUUCAUGCUUUCUUGCCAUGAUUGGGGUCCUAGAGCAACAUGGUAUGUUCAUUCACUAUAUUUCACUUCAAUACGACUACUAUGCAACGCAAACACCUCAGAGUAUUUCAAUCCGAGAAAAGACGCAUCUAUUCCCGAAAUCAAUCUUCUCAGAACCGAAACCACUACAAUCACCGGAGGUCUACCACCACCUAAUCGUACAAACCUAGCGUUCUUUGCAGGCGGUGAAUUUCAUGGAAAGAUUAGACCACUACUUUUCCAACAUUGGAAAGAUAAAGAUGAAGACAUACAAGUAUAUGAAAAAGUUCCUAAUAAUGUCUCAUAUCUUGACACAAUGAAAAGAACUCGGUUCUGCAUAUGCCCUAGUGGAUUUGAAGUGGCUAGUCCACGAAUAGUUGAAGCGAUUUAUGCAGAAUGUGUGCCAGUGUUGAUUUCUCAAAACUAUGUUCUUCCAUUUAGCGAUGUUCUUAAUUGGGAUGCAUUUUCGGUUCAAGUGUCACUGAGUGAAAUACCGAAUUUGAAGAAGAUUUUGUUGGGAAUAUCAGAGGAUAAGUAUAAGAAGUUGCAAGAGAAUGUUAAGAAGGUACAACAACAUUUUUUGGUUAAUAAUCCAACUAAAAGAUAUGAUGUUUAUCAUAUGAUUUUGCACUCGUUAUGGUUGAGACGGUUAAAUUUACAGAUUUAUAGUUGAUAAAUUAAUGUUCAUUAGCUCUUA